AUGCGAAAAUUGCGCGAAUUACGCGAAGUCGUCGAAAAAUUGGCAGAAAUGCAUGAGAAUUUAGAAAAAUGCGAAGAAUGGACAAGUGUUGCCCAAGAGGUUUUGCAGGUAAAUAAAAAGAGAAAAAUGAAUCAUUGGGGUUUAUUUUAUGUAAAUAAAAAACUUAGCCCCAAACCUCAUUUUUUUCAAAGAAAUUGUCAACGAUUCGAAAAGAGUGUGAACGUAUUCAAUUCUCAUCGCUGAUUACGCCACCACAAUCCACGUCUUCCGGAAGUUUGAGUUGUGAGUUUUUUUGAAAACGAAAAACUAGACCAUAGUUUUUUGUAGCUGACACAAUUUCUAUAACAAUGGACACUGUUUAUACGGAAGCAGUUGAAGCCUAUGAACAACAAAUAUAUUCGAGAUGUGUUAGAUUGGUUGAAAAUGCGAAUCGAGAAUCACCAGUUGAUAUGUUAGUUAUAACUAUUUUAUAAAAUAGUUCUUCUCCAAAAUAAAACCGAAUUUUUUGAAGGUAUUUGAUAUCUCUUGCUCAUAAUUCAUAUUCUGAAAUGGUUGAUGCUGCUGGAACAUCGAAUGAGGCUAUGAGGUUCGCGAAAUGGUGGGCAGAGUUUUUAGAUUCAGUAGAAGCUGGGAGAGCGCAUAAUGAGAAAAUCGAACUUUUGGAUUAUGAAACAAUAGCACUAGAAAGAAUUGUGAAACUAGGAGGUGGACCCGAAGAAUUUGAAAAAUUAGUCGAAGUUGCGGUCAGAAAUUUUGAGGUUAGUUUUUUUUCUCAUGUUUUUCUGGGAUUUUUUCUAAACCUACUUUCAGAUGGUCACACUUCUCAAUCGCCCUUAUCAUAUUAUUUCGGUUGAAAGAUUGGUUAGAUUGGGAAAUGUUUUGGAAACUGAAAAUAAUAAUAAUGGUUUGCAAUUUUUUUCGACGAAAAAACUCUCAACCCUUUCAAUUUUUAGCUCAAAAAUUCACAUCAGAAGCUCGUGAAGUAUUUCAUAAUGGGAUUCAGAAUACAUUGAAGGAUCGAAAGAAAUAUCUUCAGACUGGGAAAAUUGAGGAGAAAAAUGUUUUGGAAAUCGAUAAAAUCUUGAAAAAACUCACUGGAGAUGAUAAUUUGAUCGACGACGAUAUUGUUUUGAGACUUUGA